AUGCAAUGCAAUGGCUUUGGUUUCUACUUGUCUUUUGUUUAUGGGCAUCCAGAGCCUAGUCAACGUAACAAUCUUUGGGAGAAACUAGAAAGAUACAGCACGACUAGAAGAGAACCGUGGUUUAUUCAAGGAGAUUUCAAUGAAAUCUUGGGGAAUGAUGAAAAAGUAGGAGGAAGGUUAAGGCCAGAGGUUUCCUUUAGAGAUUUUCGAAGAAUGGUCAGGACCUGUGAUUUUACAGAUCUUAAAUCUACAGGUGACAGAUUUUCAUGGGCUGGUCAGAGAGGUGUUCAUUAUGUAUCAUGCUGUUUAGAUCGCACAAUGGGGAAUAGUGAAUGGCAUAGCCGUUACCCAUGUUCCGAAACACUUUUUUUGGAACUUGGUGAGUCCGAUCAUAGACCGCUGGUCACAUUUAUUUCGGACACAACAGAGGAGAGAAGAGGAGUGUUCAUGUAUGAUUCUCGAAUGAGAGAUAAAGAUGGUUUUCAAGAGGCAGUGAUAAGAGGAUGGGACAGACAUCUUGGUUCUGCAAACGCAGAUAUAUCUUUCGGAUCAAGGAUACAGAAUUGCCGAAAAGAGAUUUCCAGAUGGAAAAGGAAUAAUAGGAACAAUGCUCAGGAAAAGAUCAAGAUUAUCCGACACAGGUUAGACAAAGCCAUGGUUUCUCCACUUGCUACGACACAAGAAAGGAACAGAUUAAGGGAGGAGCUCAAUCAUGCAAAUGCAGAGGAAGAGGCUUUUUGGAAACAGAAGAGUAGAAACAACUGGCUUAAAGCUGGUGAUAAAAACACAAAGUUUUUUCACUCAGUUACGAAAGCGAGAAGGAUACGCAAUAACCUUACUACAAUUGAGGAUGAGGCUGGAGCCAUUCAUAGAGGAGAUAACGCUAUUGGAGAAGUUGCAGAAAAAUAUUUUCAAAACCUGUUUACUCCCCAAGAUGUAACAGCUGAGACGUUUGCACAAGUUUUUGACGGUUUUGAAAGAAGAGUUUCUACAGAUAUAAAUAGUGAUCUGAUAAGAGCGGUGACUACGGAGGAAAUAGAAGAAGCGGCUUUCUCAAUUGGACCUCAUCGAGCUUCGGGACCUGACGGGUUUUCAGGAGCUUUCUAUCAACAGUUUUGGAAGGAUAUCAAGCAAUCUGUGAUCAAAGAAGUUCAAAUGUUCUUUCAGGAAGGGGUUUUGGAUCCAAGUCAUAAUCAGACGAAUAUAUGCUUAAUACCGAAAGUUUUUCCACCAAAGUCGAUGACGGAUUUCAGACCAAUAUCUUUAUGUAACGUAAGUUACAAGAUAAUCUCUAAGAUUCUGGUAAGUCGUUUGAAACAACAUCUCUCAGGUAUUAUCUCUGAAAACCAAGCGGCUUUCAUUCCGGGACGAAUGAUUACUGAUAAUGUGAUAAUCGAACAUGAGAUGUCAUCACGCCUUAAAGUCAAGGAAACGACAGUCGAAAUCAUACAUAUGGCUUUGAAGACGGAUAUGGCUAAAGCGUACGAUAGGCUUGAGUGGAAGUUUUUGGAAGAAACGAUGAAGGCUAUGGGUUUUGAUAGCAAGUGGAUUCAGUGGAUUAUGACCUGCGUAUCAUCGGUUAGCUUUAGAGUUCUGAUAAAUGGCUCACCAAAAGAGCGGGUUGUGAAAGGAAGAUACAGGGCAUCAAACUCAGUCAACAUUAAUUGCCCAAAAAUCAAUCAUCUAUUGUUUGCUGAUGACUCCUUAUUCUUCUCGCUUGCCAACAACAAAUCUGCGAAGGCUAUCAAAGAAGUUUUGUGUACAUACGAGAAGGCAUCUGGUCAAGCUGUUAAUUUGAAUAAGUCUGCAAUUACUUUUGGGAGUAGAGUUCAAACGCACGUGAAAAGCCAAAUGAGGAGAAUUCUUGGAAUACAUAAUGAAGGUGGAGGUGGGAAAUAUUUAGGAGUUCCUGAACAGUUUGGGAGGAAGAAGACGGAAAUGUUUCAAUACAUAGUGGAGAAAGUUAAAGAGAGAACGCAAGGAUGGCAUAAAAGAUUUCUGUCUACUGGAGGGAAAGAGGUACUUCUUAAGUCUGUGGCCAUUGCUUUACCAGUGUAUUCUAUGAAUGUCUUCAAAUUACCAGUCGGUAUUUGCGAAGAAAUUAAUAGUAUAUUAGCUAAGUUCUGGUGGCACACAAGUGAAGAAGGAAAAGGUAUGCAUUGGUUCAAUUGGAAACGACUCUGUUUACCGAAGAAGGAAGGAGGGAUUGGAUUUCGAGAUAUUGAAAGCUUCAAUCUGGCAUUACUUGGGAAACAAGCCUGGAGAAUACUGCAAAACCCAGAAUGUCUUAUGGCUCGUGUGAUUGAGAGGAAGAUACUUUUCAGAGGGUAA